UAGUGCAUGAGGACUCUGAUGCUAUGGUGGAUGACCCAAAUGAUGAAGACUUUGUUCCAUUUAGAUCACGCCGUCCAACACGCAUGUCUCUUAGAAACCAAAUUGCACCUCGCCCCCCUAAACCAAUACUUACUAAGAUGACCUGUGCCAAAUGUCGCACUCCUUUGCAGAAAGGGCAGACUGCAUAUCAGAGGAAGGGUCUGCCCCAACUCUUCUGUUCAUCUGCCUGUCUUACUACCUUCUCUAAGAAACCCUUGGGCAAGAAGACCUGCACCUUUUGUAAAAAGGAUAUCCGUACCUCCAAAGAUGCAGUGGUUGCCCAGACUGGGGCAGGAGGAUCAUUCCAAGAAUUCUGCUCCUCUGCCUGCCUCUCUUUAUUUGAGGCACAGUCACAUUCUAGCUCCCAGGCUUCUUGAGACAGUGGCAAUAUCAUAAAG